ACCUGCUGCUUCUCUCUGCGUGUUUAGUGCGCGUUUCUUUUUUGGACACGCGGAUUAAGUGAUUAGCGCUCCUGUACCGGGGAGUUGGAUGUGUGUUUUGCCCCGCAGGAGUCACCUGGAGUCCGGGCGCAGAGACGGAGCCGAUGGCGCAACGGUAUGAAGACCUGGCCCACUACGGGCUGGACGGCAUGGGUGGGGGUAUGUAUGGAGACCCACACCACCAGCAUCACCACCACGCCGCCGCCGCCGCCGCCGCCGCCCGCUCUUUACAGGCUGUGCACCUGGCUGCCGCAGCCGCCGCUGCAGGAGGCAGUCCAUACCCCUCACACCAGUACGCCCAGUCCGCCCACACUGGCAGCAGCGGCAUGACUCCCUCAUCCGGGGACGCCGUCAAGAGGGACAAAGACGACAUUUACGGACAUCCUCUAUUCCCUCUACUCGCACUGAUUUUUGAAAAAUGUGAACUUGCGACCUGCACGCCGAGAGAGAGCGGUGUGGCGGGAGGAGACGUCUGCUCCUCGGACUCCUUCAACGAGGACAUCGCCGUCUUCUCCAAACAG